AUGGGCAAUUUCACCCCACUCAGGCCCCGCCCCCAUCCCUACCCCACUGCCGUCGCGCCGCGCUCACCAGUCGACGACGCGCCUCCGUCAGAGAUGGACGCCUCCGAAGACCGGUUCUUCGGCCCCGAAGACCGCUCCGAGACGAACAGCCCACGCUCGCAGAUGAGCAGCCCCAACUCCACCUCCUCGAUAAACGUGACGGACCAGUCGCUGACUCUGUCGCAGCACCAGCAGAACCUGGAGACGCUGAACAGGAUGGGCAUGUUCUUCCACGCUCAGCAGAUGCAGCUGAAUCAGAGCUUCGACGCGGUGAAGAGUAGGCUGAGUCUGACACAGGUCGCCGGUGUUAGCCAGGGGCCCAGACACACGAUAGACGCUAUUUUGGGACUGAACAGUGGCCGGCAGAGUGGCAGAGUGCAGAGUGAGUACGAUAACAGGAGGGAGGAGGUGGAACCGGUGCCUGUGUCACCCGGUGCCAACGAGAGCGCCGGGGUAGCAUUCGAUUGCCCCCCCCCCCCCCCCCCCCCCCCCCCCCCCGCCCUCCACGCAUUCGCUUCGUCCUUGCGACCGCGCGAUGACCAAUCGACGUUGCGGCGUAAUUUGCUCAUAGACUCCAAUGAUUGGGACCCGAAGUCGAUUACCUGGACG